AUGUUUCAAAUCACUGGAGUGGCUGACAGCUAUAAUGAGGGCGCUAGAGAAGAUCUCGAGAAAAUCUUUGAUGAAGACAAUGAAGAUGUUUCAGCUGAAGAAAAUGAUGAAGACGAGGACUCGAGCAGAGAUUUCGAAGACACCGCUUUUUCUAGUGAAUAUUCGGAGAGUUCUGGAGAGGAUGAAGACGCCGAAGAUGAUUCCGAUCUGGAACACGACGAAGACACCGAAGAGACCGAAGAUAAUUCCGAUCUGGAAGACGAAGAUAGUGGAGACGAGUUGGAUAUAGCAGAGGUCGGAGAAGAAUCUGACCUUAUCAAAAAAUGGGGCAAAUCUAUAGCCACGCACUGCGAGUAUGAUCCUCGUGGGCUCUAUGUACUUCUCAUGUCUUUCUACUAUCGCUCUGGCCCUCGAUUCCAGCAACUAAAACUACCCGAGAAUUACUCUGUCUCUGACACCAAAGUAGUAAAUCAGUUCCUUCAAGCUCUUCCUAAAUUGGCGGAUUUGACAGCUGGGAUAUUGCAAAACAGUCUCCAACAAAAUCACCCCGAGCCAGCAAUCAAGUUGGCAAACUGGAUACACUCCACGUUUGGGAGAAUGUUCUCUAGUGCGCCUGAGUCUUUGAGAAUAGCUGGAUUUUCUCAUAACACAAGUCAGUUCAUAGUCCUCGAUCCACCAAUAGAUAUACAAAAACGUUUCGACGCAAAUGUGAAACGCCACAAGGGACUCACAUCGGUGCGAUUCCACGGUACUUCGAUAGCCUCGCUACAUUCUAUCCUCCAUGAUGGAUUCAUGAGCGAUUUCAUUUGGACUGCAGACAGCCAGAUCAUAUCAUGGGGUUAUGCUUUCAACGGGCCUCGUACUCUAAAGAACGUCGUUCAUCCGCUAUAUGACUACGGUGUGCUACUGGAUCUGGAGGUGGCCGGUUCGGUGACCGGUUCGGUGACCGGUUCGGUGUUAGGGGGGAUCACAUGUGUUCCUCAAAGAGAUUAUGGUAUUUAUAUGGUUCGUUAUAUCUUUCUAUUGCCUCCGAACGCUCAACCACCGAGAACACCAGCAACUAUUCAGUCAGCGAUGAAAGCGGCCUAUCUAAAAUGGCCAAGUAGACGAGAUUGGAGUUGA